GGUUAAAGGAGGAAUUAUUCUUUUUUUGGGGUUCCAGUCUAUCCGCUGGACCUCUAACUUCCUGUUAAAACUUGAGAUGGCUGUGAGAUUGAAAGUAACACCCCAGUGGAGGUGUUCUAAACACAUCCACAACUUUCUACUCUUCUCUUUUGUCUUAGCAGAUUCAAGUUGUCAUGAUGGUCGGAGAGGGGCUGGGUUGGCUGCAUCUGAUCGCAGCAUUGUUUAUGGUGUUACCAGUGGUGCAAGGUCACAAUAUCGCACCGGGUUUCACAAAUAUUACUGGAAUUUGCAGAAAACUCAGGAAGGCUUUACAUUCAAGUUUGAGUUUGUGGCAAAGGGUUCACAGUCGCAAGAUACAUCUGAAUUGAUAAUCAGUGGAGAAAGAAAGGUGAAGAAGGAAGAAUUCCACUUCAAAGUCAAGGCGAAGGAUGUAGAGCCAAAUCAUGAGAAGGAAGAAUUGCAUUUUAAAUUGACUGUGACUCUUUUAGUCUCGAAGUACUGCGUUAACUUGGCCCACCAGCCUCGAAAGUCAGUGCCAUCAAACCGGGGGCACUCCAGCUUGUGGGAUCGUGAAACAAUGUCCAUCCUACCUUGGCAUUGAGGAGAGGUCAAACUUCCAAUCUCCACUCGAUGAAGGGUUGGCAAUGACUCCCUAGGGGGGAAACAUGGUGGAGGCCCUUCCAAUACGCCUUUUCCUUCGUCUAUUGAUGGUCCAGCUCCUGAAGAACCAGUCAACUUUCCCAAGUACUAUUCAAACAACUCCUAAAGGUCUGACUUGAACUCACCUCUCAAAUCCUCCUUCAAAUCCUUGAAUCGUUCCUCCAAAUGAGUAUCCCACCGGGAGACCUUAGUUUUCAAUUUGGUCAUCUCCUACUGAAGAUAGGUCACCUCCUUUUGCAAGUGAGUGGAAAUCCCUUCACCGGCUAUGAGAACCCAAGCUCUGAUACCUUUGUUAAGGAUGAAUUCCAAAAAUAAAAAAGAAAACGAGAAAGAAAGAGGCAGAGAAUGAGGAGGAAGAAAAAAGAAGCAAUUUUCAUUCCAUAAUUGUUUGCAUAACCAUUCCCUUCCCUCUGCUGAUAAACAGGAGGGAGAGAGUUUGAUUUUCAGUUAGUGGCCGUUACGGCCAACUGGAGGUAUGAAACACACCGUUUCAUUAAACGGUUGUAACAUACCCGUAGCCAAAACGCCCUCGUUUGCUUCUCACCCCCAAAACUCAUCGUUUCAUUAAACGAUGUUCCUAAAAUGUGGCGUUUAAUUACAAAGCAACAAAAACAAAGAAAAUAUAACAGAAAUUACGGAAUUUUGAAUCCAUUUGCAACCAAAUUAUAUCCCAUAACAAAGGAUAAGAAGAAAGACAAACGACAAUAAAGAUGCAAAGCACAAGGAUAGAGAAAAAGAAGAGGAAAGAAACAGAUAAGGAGGAGAAAAAAGAGGAAGCCGGAAAAAUUGUUGUGAAGCAUGAGUGGCAUAGCCUCCAGGAUAGUAAUAGAAAAUAUCAGGAAAGAAUCAGAAGGGAAGCAAAAGGGUAAAGCAAAGGGAGGCAAAAAGAAAGAUGAAGAUAAAUACAAUGAAUGUGAGAAAAGAAAAGAAAUUUUGAGAGGAAGAACAAAAGCAAAGAUUUUAAUAAGCUAAAGCAGCAGUUUGAGAAAAUUAAUACCAUAUUAGAUGCCCAACUAGAGAAAAAAUCUGAAAUCCUGAGACAGAUUAAAGAAGCUGAGAACAAGGCGAAGUUGCUCUGUAAUUGCAGACAUGGACUGAUGAUGGCAUAGCACAAUGCACUGGUAUGUUUUACAUUUUCAGUAUUGCUUUAUAAUAAUAUAUCUAAUGCUCUCGUAGAUGUUAUAUUCCCCCUGGAGUUCAUAUAUCCAUCACUCUGAUAUGAAGAUGACAGCUAGAAGUUACAGUAAAAUACUUGUGGAACUUUGGAAUUGGAAGAAUAUGAAAAUAAUGAAUGGUUCGUGUUAGAAUAGAUGUGAAUAGAUGGAAAUUGUUGAUGUGAAGGUGAUCAUUUGAUGUAGCUUUAGAAGAAGUUGAUGAGAUUUAUUUUUCAAUAUUCAAUUUUACUAAUAGUAGUUGCUAUAGUUGGACUCUUGUAUUGAAGUAAUGGGAGGCUUAUGAAAUCUCUCCACUUGAUUUAUUAACAAAA